AUGAUGGAUGUCGCGGAGUUUCUCAGCGGCCGUGCAGAAGAGGUGGCCGCAUUUUCUGCCCUACUGUUUCGUAAACGACCUCGUGAGCAGGGCGAUGGUGGAGAUGAGGGCCCGUUUCCCCUGACGGCACGAUCUGUUGUUCACUACCGUCGUCCAUCUUCCGCGAAUGUGCCGUUGUCCGAUGUGACGCGGUUGGCGAGACUUCACUUGCGGCGAUCCAGGCGUUUUGUGCGACUGUUAGCAACUGAGGAGCCUCUGCCAGCAUCGCCGUCACCGACAACAGCUGUGGAUGAGGGACGAGUGCAGAAGAAAAAACGUCCGCUGACGUAUAAGGCGUGGUGUUUGCUUUUAAGACGACGACGUCGGCUUGCGUGGAGGCGAAGAGCAACAGCACGGCGUCGAAUGCGACGCCGCCACAUAGCUCUCCGCCAGGGCAAGGCUCAACUUCCCCUUUGCAACUGUGGUUCUGCCGUUGCUGCUGCUGCUCCGCUUGCUGGCUCGCCACCGACUAUUUCCUUGAGUGGAGGUAGGACGGCUGUGCUGUGGCUUCCCUCCCAUUGGCGGUUGUGCCGUCGGUUUCAUUAUGGCGUUGUCAAGACACGUGUUAACGGCUGCUCCCCAUUCUUUGCUGUUAAUGGCAUCUCUCCAAGGCUUCCGACGAUAAGGAUUGCGGUACCAAUGAAAUGCCAACGGAAACAGCAUCGUGUGCUACAGCGGUGGGCUGCACGGCUGCCGUCAUGUUCUGCACGGGAAAAACCUUUGCGACGGCUUGAGAGCAAACCAAUGAUUGUCCCACCACCCUUGUGUUUUGCGGCCGAGCGCUCGCAUAUGUGUGUUUGGAAAGUUCAACCAUGGGAAACAGGGCAUUCUUUGAGCGCAGAGGAGGUGUUAAAUCUUUUGAUGCUGCGCACAAAUGGAACACCCUCUGUGGCUCUUCACACAAGGCAUCUGGCGCUGGGAACAACGUCACAGGUUGAUAGUGGGUCGCAGGGUACGUGGUGGAGGCGUUGCGAGGAUGGCGUUUUUUACGGGUACAUGUGGUCUUUGACCCAAACGACACGCUUCUUGAGAGGAGAAACAGAGCUGUUUGACUCCGACGCCACACCAAUAGUUGUGCCUGCCAAACUCCUACAAAAUGGUGGUGGUGAUGGCGUGACGUACCUUCUUGUGACUUCUGCACCUGUGCACUUUGGAGCCCGUGCCAAGCGAAACUUAAAUAUUCAACUUAUUUCUCAUUGGAAUCCAUGCGGUGCUUCGAAACCUAUGUGCUCCAUGUUUGAACUCUGGUGCUGUGCCGAUGCUUUCAGGGUGAAGGGAGCAGAGACGCCAUCGGAAACAGAUGCCUUAAUUCUUCUGGAAUUGAUACGGAGGCGGGUGAAUGCCGCUGUGGAAAGCUGGCGCAGAAUAAAGGAGGGUUCUUCAAGUACGCACAAGGAAGAAGCGGGGGGAAAGCGUCCGUCGUCACCACUGCAAGCCGUGAAGGUUUGCUGUUUUCCAUCUUUACCACCAAACCUUGAAACCAUUGAUCAUCCCACCUUUCCCGUGCAUAACUGUGUUAUGUCUAUUCUUCUUGUGUCUGCGGAGUCUUUAUCCCACUUGGGAAGCUCAAGUACUGUUGCGUGGCGGAAUCGCAGGCACCAUUUCCAGUUUGCCAGACAUCUCUUUGCUUCCCUCACUGACACCUCUCCUGCCGCACGGAGAGUGACGCGUCGUUAUGAUGCGAGCAUGGCAUUUGCGUUUCAUCGCUGCCAGUCGCUUGGGUACACGCACAACGUGCGAAUCAUCGGCGAGGAGGAGAGGGAGACACUGCUGCGUCUGAUUGGGUGUCCGGCCUUUGCAGACUUGAGCGGUGCCAAUGCACCUUUUCAGGCUUCCCAUAUGGCCCGACUGCGUUGUGCGCCAUCUAACGCGCAUCGACGGGUUCUGCUGAAGUUUUAUUUGAAGGGUGAUCGAGAGCACCAGCAUGAAGGAAGUGCCCUUUUUGCUUUGAAAUCAGGCAACCCUGCCGCGCUACUGCACAUUGGGGCUGUUACCUCAGCGCCAUUCUUUUCAAUGCGAUUUGGCGCUCGUGUUGCAUACGCGUGGGUGUGGGAUGACGUUGGGUGGGAACUCGUCCAAAUGCACAUGCGGUGUGCAUCACGCGCAGCCGCCAGCAACAGAAGGGACGGCUUCUAUGAAGAACCGAACACGGAUGACGCAACCGAGCACAGUGACGCUGGCAGCAGUGGAAGUGUAUGUUUUUUGCUUUCUGCCGCUGAGAAGGUUUCACGCCUUUUGCACUUUGUGAACAACACUCCGGUCCAUGUCCCUGGAUGUUUUGCUCCCAACUCCCCUGUGAAGGGUGACAAAGAGAAGCAGAAACAGCAGCAGCGGCACCAUAAGCGUGUUACGAAGAGGACGAGAGUGGAUGCCCCUGUCGUCUCCAGCAAAAUAACGUGUUGGCAGGCAAUGGAGGCAGUGUUGUGCGAUAGUAACACGUGUCUUCCGGUGGAGGUGGUGCGUCUUGGCACGGCCGGCGGUCGCUGUGUGAGGCUGCCAACGAGGCAUUGGUGUUCUAGAGACAUGACAAGGGCGUCAAUAUCUACAUGA